UAGGUCUGUUACUAAUUUAUGGUCUAUAACCUUAAAUUUUACUACUACAAAUAUUAGUUGUAAAGAAUAAAAUAUUUUACGAUAGUAGUGAAGAAAUAAGAACAACAAAAAGUUUUUCAAUUUGUCUUUAGGACUACAUUGAUUAGAAAAUGUUACCGGGUAUUGGAGUUUUUGGAACAGGUCCGCUUGUGAAGAUUCUUGUUCCUAUUUUAAAUGAAAAUGGUUUUAAAGUUGAAGCAAUUUGGUCCAAAACAAUGCAAGAUGCAAAAGAUGCGGCUAAGGAACUAAACGUUUCCUUUUUUACAAACCAAAUUGAUGAUGUACUGUUACUUAAGGAAGUUGAUCUUAUAUUUGUUUUGUGUGCUCCAUUUUUACAUGCACAGAUAUCAGUAAAGGCAUUAGGAAUAGGCAAACAUGUGGUUUGUGACCGACCGGCUGGAUUAAGUCAAUCUGAUGCAUUACGAAUGGUAAAAGCUGGUCAAUAUUAUCCUUCAUUGAUUUCUCUUAUAAAUUAUUCAUUUCGAUUCUUACCAGCCUUUAUGCACAUGCAGAAAGCUAUAAAUGAGGGUUACUUAAUUUCAAAUGUUACAUUAAUAGAAAUCAAUGUUCAGUGUAGUUAUUUAUAUGGUACUAAUGAAAUGUACAAUUGGCAAUGUGAUGAUUUAAUGGGUGGAGGUAUAUUAAAUUUGGUAGGAAGUCAUGUAAUAGAUCUGGUAUCCUUUUUAACUAAUAAAAGAGCACUGAGGGUUAAUGCAGUUAUGAGAACAUUUACACAUAGUUCAGAAAAUAUAAAUGGUAUUAGAUAUAUCUCAGCUCCAGACUUUUGUACAUUUCAAAUGGAUCUAGAGGAUAGUGUUUUGGUUUGUGUAACAUUAAAAAGUCAUCAAAUCUGCAACAGUUAUCAGCAGGAAGUGAUGGUGUCUAGCAACAGUGGCUAUCUCGUAGUCAGAGGUGAAGAUCUUUUUGGUUGCCAAAAGUCAGGAAGGGAAGAAGUUCUCUAUUGUGUUAUUCCAAACACAAGUUUAUCAAAACCGUUUACUAAAGGUCUAUUUAAAAUGGUUGCUGCAUUAAAAGAAGCCUUUUUACCUGUUAAGGAAAGAGCUGGUUGGAUUAAAGAACCAGUUAAUUUGGCAGCAAAUUUUGAAGAUGGUCUUUAUGUACAGGCUGUAUUGAGUGCACUGAAAGAAUCUUCACGAACAUUGCAGUGGAUAAGAGUGAAAAUAAUGGCAGAACAACCAGAUACUGAUGCUUUACUUAGUGCAGCUGUGAGGAAAACUGCUAUUGCAGCAUCUUAAAUUAGUAUAUGUGCGCGUGUUUUUGUCAGUGCAUAUUUACGGUUAAUUAUCUUAGCAAAUGCUUUAAUUACAUUAUGUUUUCGUUUAUUAUUUAAAGUAAUUUAUGCAUAAAUCGAAUUUUUACAUUAGAACUAGUUGUUUCUCUUUCUGAAUAUGAAUUUGAUUUACUAAAUAGUAAAAAAUUGUAAAAUAGGAAGACAGAAAUAUUUUAUUUAUUAUUAUAGUCAUGUG